AUGGAGUCUAGGAAUCUAACAAUGGAGGGUUUUGUGUUACUUGGUCUUUCUGAGAAGCCAAACUUACGCAUCCCUCUGUUUUCCUUCUUUAUGACGGCAUAUGGUAUCUGCAUACUCGGAAAUGCAUUAAUCUCUGCACUUAUCCUAACACAAAACCAGCUUCACACACCCAUGUACAUGCUGCUCGGUAACCUCUCUUUGGUGGAUGUUUGGCUGGCAUCUAUCACAGUUCCCAAAGCUUUAAGUGGUCUUUUAUCAAGGAACAAUGAUAUAUCCUUCCAUGGUUGUUUUCUCCAACUCUUUUUCUUCCAUGCAGUGGGGAACAUGGACAGUUUCCUUCUAGCCAUCAUGGCCCUCGACAGAUAUGCAGCGAUUUGCCAACCACUACGUUACUCAACAAUAAUGAGCAAGAGAAUGUGUAUAUGUUUGAUAGCCUCUUCAUGGCUUAUCGUUUGUCUACACUCAACAUUAUUUACAAUUAUGACCUCUACACUUCCAUUUUGUUUUUCCAUUGUCCACCACUUCUUCUGUGAUGUGCCAGCAUUAUUAAUGAUUUCUUGUAUAGACACUACUGACCGACAAUUGGUUGUCUUCAUUGAGGGUUCACUCAUAGUUAUGGGACCAAUGCUUUUCAUAUUAGGUUCUUACACCCUCAUCAUAAGAGCUGUUUUGAAAUUACGGACCUCUUGUGGAAGAAGAAGGACCUUCUCAACUUGCUCCUCGCAUCUCACAGUGGUUAUCAUUUUUUAUAGCUCAGUCAUAUUUAUGUACUUUCGUCCAAGCUCACUCUAUUCACCUGUCUAUGAUCGGGUGGUCAGUGUGACAUACAGUGUCCUUACACCAAUGCUUAACCCUUUUAUAUACAGUCUGAGAAACAAGGAAGUCAAAGCUGCUGUGAAACGCGUGAUACAGUUUAAAGGGAAUGAGGGUGAAAGAUGGACACAAAAAGGAGAAAGUCCGACCAACAUAUAA